CGAUCCCGGGCAGUACGUUCAGAGUCAAUGGCGGCCAAUUCAAGCAGUGUCAUCACAAUAUCAUUACUGCGCGGAGUAUGACAAAGAUUUAUGCCGUUCUGGAAGUAUGAGACGGACUUCGUUUCUUGAUGGUUGCCCACCCAAAAGCAUUCGAAGUCGCAGCCGGUUCUAAAACCAGUCGCACGCGGUGGGCUUCAAGAUGGCAUCCUCCCUUGAGGCGAUGAAGAAACAACUUGAGUGUUCCAUCUGCUUAAAAGUUAUAGACACGCCGAAGAUCCUCGAGUCUUGCAACCAUAUUUUCUGCAAGAAAUGCAUCAGUGAACUUGUUAAGUCGAAUGAGAAUUCGUACUUUCCUUGUCCUGAGUGUCGCGUGGAAUGCAAGCUUCCUGCCGAUGGUGUGGAUGGUCUGAAGGGUGAUUUCAGAGUUGCCAAACUUAUUGAAAUAUGCAAUGCAUCAGAACCAACUAGCUCGGAAAAUACAAUUUUGCUGUGCACUUACUGUCGAAAGGACAGGGCGGAUUCAGUGUGCGAUUUCUGUGACCUUGACCUCUGUCCAAAGUGUAGCAAGGAGCAUCUGAAAGAGACGAAAGAAACUGGCGACCACAUCGUAUACGAUCUGUGUGUGAAACACAAGAGGCGAAAGAAACAGUGUUGCUGCAAUUGCAAUGUACUGAUAUGUGUUCAGUGUCUUAGAACCAAUCAUUCGGACGAGGAACAUGAUACAAAGCCGUACAAAGACUUUGCCACUGCUCAAGUUAAGUCUUUGGAAAUGCAGGUUGAACAGAUUUCAGCUACUGCCAAGUCUACCGGAGACCGGCUUGUGAGAGCUGAUGAGCUUCUUGCCCGAUCCAGGAGUAAGGUUGAGUCGAAAAAGAAGAAGGAAAUUAUUGAACAAUCAAAUGCUGCCAUCAAACCACUGACAUGUCAGAUCAACGUUGUCAGACAAGAGAUUGAGAAACUUCAAAUCCGACUCGAGAAACUUGAGAGCAAGAAAGCAGCACACAUCGAGUAUACGGAAGCAAAGGUAAGAGCGAUUGACAGUGAGAAAGUGGAUUCCUUCGAUAUCAAACCACACAAGAUGGUCAUGACGGAAAAGAUCAAGCAGAUCGAUUCGACAAAGAAGCAGCUCACAAGGUUGAAGGGGAAGUACUGGUUAGGUGUGGGGCAUCACCAACAAAUCAUUGAUUGCCAACGCGGAAUGGGAGAGAUUGUAGUGUCUCUUGGUAACUUGGAAGAAACCAUGGGCGAGAUCGAUCGGGUAUGCCAAUUGGCGGAGGCUGCUGAUGAUAUGAAGGUUACUCCAGAGGUCGGGUCAUCAUCAAAGCAUGUCCUCAAGUCUGGGGAGGUGGCAGAACCGAAUGUUAACCUACCCCCGCCUACGUUAUCGUCGAAUGAUAUGCCCUUAUCUAAAAGGACAUGGACUCCGUUGCAAGAAUGGAAUUUUGACACUGAUGGUCCUUGCUGUAUAUACAGAGUUGUUAUUUUGCCAAACAUCCCAAAAGGUCUGGCUGUCUUGGGUGCUACCGGUGACAAUCAUCCAAGCAAGAUAUUUUACUUUCCGUCUAGGAUUGAGAACGUGUGUGCAGAGGUUACACGAGGUGUGUCUCCAUCGAAGGACAUGGCUUUAAACAGCAGUGGUAACUUGGUGUUACUCCGCGCUGAGGAACCUUACCUGAGGAUGUAUGUCGCAAAAUGGGAUUACCAGUGGCAUAAAACCAUUCCAUCUCCAGAAGUAAUAACGAAGCCAAGUAACAUCGCAUGCGCAACUGACAAGAUUAUAGUCCUCGACGGUGUGCACCCAAAUGUUAGUUUAUUCGUUCUGAAUACAAAAGGCGAGGCGCUGCAUUGCCUUCAACUGAAUCACCAUGGUCGUCUGGCCUACAGUGAGCUCACUCAAAUGGUCUAUAUGACCAUUCCGGGGUCGGAUACCUUCCAGUUGAGCGGCACUCUAUUGUCACCUACGGAUACGGGAAAGAAGUUCGAGCUGCCUGGACUUCACGUCUGGGACAUCUGCAGCGUAGCGGAUGGAAAUCUGGCUGUGGCCGGUACAACACCGUGGAAUAGUGGCAGGUUUGGUCGCGUCAUUGGUUGUUUGCUUGAUACCAAUCUGAACCAAACACAUUUUCUUGAUAUCGUGGACAGCAACGGACAGCCUGUCCUCGUUGACGAAAAAGCUGAAAAGAUACGGAUAGACCUUAGAGAGAAGAUUCUUAUCAUUGCCUGCGAGGCAAAGUUGCUGUUUUAUCAGAUGGUUUGAAAAUGUGACACAAUUUUAAAGCUAUCACCAAGUAUGGAUGAUAUCCGCAGAGUACAUAGCUUUGUUGCAGGAGUAGGUCUUCCAACCAAAAAAGAAAGCGGUCGUUCACAAAUAGCACUGAAUUCAAUUUUUUCGGUGCAAAGGGAUUGCAAUUGCAUGUGCAAACCAACAAUAUUUUCUUUAAGGAACGCGCUUUCCUCAAACCUUUUCCUUACAUGUCCCCUUCCGUUUACUCAUCUCCAUGUGACAAACAGCACUUGCAACUCCUGUUUGACAUGGCAUGACAUAAGGUAUAUUUUCCCUAGAGCAGUUUUCCACUUCGGUCGUCGCCGCGGCAAACUACACUUGGCUGAAUGCAACGGGUAUUUGGUAAUUCAAAUUACCCUAUCGGAAGUGUCAUCAAAAUGAAUGAAAGCCCGCCAAACAAUGGUGUAUCGUUUUCUUCUCCAGUGUUCGCUCUGCACUUGGAUUUUGUGUUGUUCUCCAGGAAAUACGUCUUCCCCCUCCACGCUUUUGCAUCAGAUGCCACUUCGGUUAGGCGCCAAUCGGAUUUACUGCCCGGCGGCCAUGCCAUGCAGUCCGUUUUCGGCCGAAACCGGUGCAACGUUUCUGAGUUGACAGCCUGAGUGUUUUCGUGUCUGAGUGUUUCCAUUUGUUUAGGAACGCUGAAAGAUAGAUUGUCACGUUUUUCUGUGUUUCCCCCUAUUAAAAAGUCCUGGCCUCUGGUUGUUCCCCAUACGUCAUGCAGCACUGCAGCAUGAGCUUGCCUUACAGUCGAGUCUCGAGGGGCCGGGCGGUGGUGGGGUCACUUUAUACCGAGCUCAGUUUAUGAUGUACCCUAUAUGCGACGGGGAGGAGCCAUACAAUUUUCAACUGGCCCUGUUAUUCAAGGAUGCUUGGACAAUGAAUAACAACAAAGGCCAAGUACUUUUAUCGGUGAGAAAGAAUGCGUGAGAGGUAGGCUAUGACGGAAAUUUACAGUUUAUGCCGCCUGCCAAUUCCCAACAUGCAAUCCAUUGCCCCUGCCUGUGCCACUCGCCAUCCGCCAAAUCCAAUAUUUUUCGUAACCUUAUUUACGACAUUGUGAAUAAAUAUA